AGACUUGUCGUCAUGAAGUUGUUAUUAAUUUCCCUUUGUUUUGCAUUUUGUCAAAGUGCAAAAAUUUUGGGUGUGUUCAACCAUGCGGGGGCGAGUCACACAUCAGUGGGUAAAGUUUUGUUAAAAAACUUGGCCAAAAGGGGGCAUCAGGUCACCAUGAUUAGUUCGUAUCCCAUGAAAGAGCCCAUUGACAACUACAGGGAUAUUUUUUUGGUCGAAAAUUUGGAGGAUUUCAAACAACGUGAAAAAAUGUACUUCGUCAAAGACAAACACAGCGAAUUGGAAACACUUCGAAACAUGACUUUGACACACACCGAAAACACGUUCAAAAAUGCUCAAGUGCAACAACUCCUCGCCUCAAAAACCCAUUUCGAUUUGGUGAUAAUUGAUUGGUUUUUCAACGAAGCUUCGCUCAUCUUCGGGCAUGUUUUUCACGCUCCGGUGAUUUACGUUUCAUCAUUUGGGAAUACGCUGUUUUUGAACGAUUUCACCGGAAACACUUUGCCUUUUUCCUACGUUCCCGGAGCCGCAUUAUUCACAAGUGAGGAAAUGUCGUUCAAAAAUCGUGUUAUUAUGACGUUGCUCAAUCUGGGUUAUAACUUGUUUCUCCCACGACGAAACCAAGCCCAAUUCGAGAUCCUCCAACGGUAUUUUGAGCAUCCCCCAAGUGUGGAGGAGCUCAAGGAGAAUAUUGCACUAGUUUUGGCCGUUUCACAUUUCAGUUUUGAGACUCCAAGGCCUCACACGCCGAGUAUUAUCCCAGUAGGCGGGUUUCACAUCGACGAAUUGAAACAAUUGCCUCAAGACUUGGAGAAAUUCCUCAAAAGUGCCAAAAACGGAGCGAUUUUCUUCAGUCUAGGAAGCCAAAUAAAAUCGGCCAAUUUACAAAAAAACACACUUUCAGGCAUAAUCAAGGCACUUGGGAAACUACCACAGAAAAUCCUAUGGAAAUUCGAAAACGAAAACGUUACUGAUUUACCCAAAAACAUCAAAAUUGUCAAAUGGGCACCACAAUUGGAAAUUUUGGCACACCCAAAUGUUAAAUUAUUCAUCUCCCAUUGUGGUACUUUAAGUUUCAUUGAAUCAAUUCACUUCAAUAAACCACUACUUUGUUUGCCUUUUAUUGGGGACCAACUCACAAACGCCGCUUUUGCUCUUUCGAGACAGUUUGGGGCUCACUUGAGUCCCGACGACAUCACCGAAGACAAUCUAUUUAAUAAAACCACAGAAGUUUUAACCAAUCCGAUAUAUCGAAAGAAAAUGGGUUUUUACUCGUCCUUGUUGCGGGAGCAACCCAUGAAACCCAUGGAUUUGGCAAUUUUUUGGGUGGAGCAUGUGAUAAAGCAUGGGACUGGUGACCAUUUAAAGACUUUCGCAACGAAACUUCCAUGGUAUAAAUACUACCUUGUCGAUGUUAUUGGGUUUUUCUUUUGUGUGGUUUUUAUUGUUGUUAAAAUAGUUUUGUUUGUAAUUAGGUUUGUUGUUAGAAAAAUUCGUAAGUUGUUUAAGCCGAAAAAUGUCAUGAGAGUUUGUGGAAUUUUUCUCGUUUUUGUUGUAAUUUUUAAUGUGGAUUGUGCCCGAAUUUUGGGGAUUUUUCACUUCCCGAGCAAAAGUCACCACAUUUUAGGCAGCAAAUUACUGAAGACUUUGGCGGAAAAGGGGCAUGACGUCACAAUGAUCAGUCCUUAUCCUUUCAGAACCAAAAUAAAAAAUUAUCGAGAUAUUUUCGUGGAGGAAAUGCUUGACUAUAAACAAGAAAAAUUGCAACAAUUUCUGGGCCCAAACAACACAUUCCUGACCCAAUUUACCAUGACCUUGAACAUAUUCUACAAUCUGAGUGACAUUAUUUUAUCCCACCAACAAGUGAAAAACUUAAAAUCCGAAAAAUUCGAUUUGGUGAUUCAAUUUCCUUUAUUUUCGGAAAGUUUACUAGGACUCGCCAACCACUGGAACGCCCCUGUAAUUCUCUUCAACACUUUAUGGCUCGUCCCGGCCCUGGAUCGCAUCACGGGAAACCCAUCCCCCCCUUCCUACAUCCCACUUACAAACCCCCAUUUCGCACCAAGUGCCGAAAUGACCUUUUUCCAACGUGUAAUUAACACUUUAACCGUUUGGAUGGAUUACUGCAUCAUGUCGCGAAUUUUCCACACCCAACAAGAAUCCCUCCUGAGGAAACACUUCCCCGACGCGCCCACUUUACAGCACUUGAUCGUAGCUUUAGUGUUUGUCAACACACAUUACAGCAUCGAAAAUCCGAGACCUUACGUCCCCAAUGUGGUCCAAGUGGGGGGAUUGCAUGUCGACAACCCCAAAAAACUACCACCGGAAUUGGGGGAGUUUUUGGAUGGGGCUAAAAGUGGGGCUGUUUUUUUCAGUUUGGGCUCCAAUGUUAAGAUUUCAAGCUUGUCAAGUGGGCAAUUAGGGGCGAUUUUAACGGUUUUGGGACGAUUAGAAAUGAGAGUUUUGUUCAAAAGUGACGAAGAAUUGAUAAAUGUGCCGAAGAAUGUCAAAAUCGGGGGGUGGUUACCCCAGAAUGACAUUUUGGGGCAUCCCAAUGUAAAAUUGUUUAUCUCACAUGGGGGCAUGUUGAGUACGAUUGAAGCUGUCUUUCAUGGUGUUCCAAUUAUUGGAAUCCCCAUUUUUGGGGACCAGAGGAAAAACAUCGAUGAUUGUGUGGGGAAAGGGUUUGCAAUCAAACUCGAGUUGAGUGAUUUAAACGAAGAAACCUUCAGCAAGGCAAUUAAAGAAAUUUUGGAUAAUUCAAAGUAUCGGGAAAACGUCCAACUUCGCUCAUCACUUAUCAAAAGUGAGCCAAUAAAACCGUUAGAUAAGGCCGUUCAUUGGGUUGAACACGUGUUGAAAUACAAAGGAGCAGAACAUUUGAAAAAUGCCUCAACUAAACUCAAUCUACUCCAAUAUUUAUUAAUCGACGUUGUUGUCUUCAUCUUUACUGUUUUGUUCCUUGUCUUGUUGAUUUUUUACAAGUCGGUGAAAAUAAUUCUAAUUUUAAUUCGAAAAAUGACGAAAAAAACCAAAACAGAGUGAAUUAAUAAAAAUUUUAAAUUUUCUAAAUUACGGAUUAAUUUUAUGUUUUUUUUUAUUGUUCCAACAAUGAAAACGCAGUUUGAGAUAUCUAAAAAAGGAUUUUUUUUUAGGUUUUUGACGAAAACAGGGAAUGUUUUGCACUUUUUUUUAACUUGGUAAAUAUUGUGGUCUGUUUUUUUUUUAAUUUUACCAAUUAUUAUCCUGGUCCAGAA